AUGAGGCUCGCUCACCUACAUCUCCCUAACACGACUCCAUUUGUGCGGGUAUCCGAAAUUCAACAAGCCCUCACAACCCGCCUCCUCACUCACAAAAAGAUUGCCUCACCAGGCUCAAUAUCCUCACAAGAAAUAUCUACAACCGGCCGAUUACCCUCAAAUGCCUACCCACCACCCCCAGAUUCCACAAUUAUUACGUUCACUCCGAAUCCCGUGUAUACAACAGGCCGCCGCGACUUGCCACCGUCAAACACAUCACCUCCAUCCCUCGUCAACAUAUCAUUGCCACCUCCCCUUGAGCCCAUUCGGUCAAUUCUGACACCAGACGGAUCUAAUGGCUCCAAGGCAGAAUACCAUCCUACACUACGCGGGGGUCAAACAACAUACCACGGCCCCGGCCAGAUGGUCGCAUACACAAUCCUAGAUCUCCGACGUUUAGGACUCUCUCCCCGGUGUCACAUCCGCGUUCUAGAAAAUAGUGUGAUCGAUCUACUCAAAAGUUACGGAGUAAAUGGUUUCGUCACGGAAGAUCCAGGCGUCUGGGUUAACGACCCAUCUCUGCCCGCGGAUCAGCUUCCGAAAAAGAUCACUGCAGUCGGUGUGCAUCUCCGUCGUAAUAUUAGUAGCUUUGGUGUCGGGCUGAAUGUUACCGAGGAGCCGAUGUGGUUUUUCAAGCAAAUUGUUCCUUGUGGGUUGGACGGGCGAGAAGCGACGAGCUUGGAAGGCGUUGGUGUGCGAGGGAUCAGUGUCGAUGAGGUGGCGCAUGGGUUUGUCGAGCGGUUUGUUAGUCGUGUUAAUGAGGAUUUUGCAUGUAAAUCCUCUCGAGAGAAGAUUGACGAGAUUUAUGCUGUUCAAGAAUCAGAUCUCCUUCUUCAUAAGUAG